CUCCGUACCUGGUUUAACGUAGUAGAAGCAGCAGCACUUGGGUUUUUUUAGAUUAGACAACGUAACCAAAACUGUUUCGUGUUUGUCUGUUUUGUUCCUUUUUUUUAAUUUCUUCUUCUUCUUCUCAUCUCUUCUUCUCUUUCUUUGCGGUGCAUUUUUCCUUAUUUUCUCGGGAAAAUCCUUUCGUGGGCUUUCCGGGAAAGUUUUGUCAGAUUCGUUAACAAAAAAAAAAAGAUUUUUUAGGAAAGGAAGAAAAUAAAAAAUACAAAAUCUACAGAAAUACCAAACAGAUUUUGUGUUCAUCCCUUAUUGAUUCUUGUGAUCAUCACAAAUCUUUUUUCGUUUUGAUCAUUUUGGCAAGAAUUUUACCUCUCAAAGUCUCAACCUUUACAUUUUUUUUUCUUCUUCUUUCAGUUUGAUUUUUUUUUUUUUUUUUUGGUAAGUAAGACAUUGAAAAAUAAAGAUAAAAAAUCUUGUGGGUAGAUUCAGUAUUUUGAUUCGGAGCUCUUCUCUUUUUUUGGGAUUCAAUCUAAACAAUCUCAGUCUUGUUCUUCUUCCGUUUCUGGAAAAAAUAAAUUCUGACUUUUGCCUGAGUUAAUUCUUCUUGAGUUUCAAUUCAAUUGAAUUGAAUCCGAUUUGUUCGAUCGAGACAAAAAAACAAAAAAAAAGUCGGAUUCGAAAUCGAUAUCAAAGUUUCCAUUUAGACGGUUACGGCAAUGAAAGCAUCAUCUUCUUUAGAUAGCUGGAGAGAGUACUUCCGGCGAAGAGAUUCCGAUAUAUUCGGGAUCAUCGAUCAUGCCAUCAUGGUGGCUGCUGCUGAUUGUCCUAACAAAUUCAAAUCAAGGAGAGACCAAAUCGCCGAGCUUCUCUUCUCCUGCAGAGUGAGUCGUUGCGUCGGAUGCGACCACCUUGAGCUAUCGGUUCCGGGGGAGGACGAGGCCAGUCGCGGCCGUCGAGCUGCCGGGAAUGGUGACGGUGGAGCUGCGGCGGUUAAUGAUGGCGAUGAAGAUUAUGAGGUUGGUGGUAGUAAAGAGAGCAAAGCUAACAGUAGCAGAGGAGAUAAUAAUCACAUCGAUGAGAUGAAUUUGAAUAGUAAUCAGAUUGUUAGCAAUUAUACGUUUGAUGAAGCUGAGGCUUUGAGUGAUGAGAUUGAAGAGUUCUCUGUGAUUUCUAAGGAGGUUGGUAGGAUCAAAGAGAUCUUGCUCAAUAAAGAUGAUGAGCCUAACUCGGUGUUACUCGAAUCUUUGAGACAGCUUAAGUUGAUGUCUUUGAAUGUGGAUAUUCUUAAGAGUACUGAAAUUGGAAAGGCUGUUAAUGGCCUGAGGAAACAUGGUUCUGAUAAGAUUCGCCAGCUCGCAAAGACACUUAUCGCAGAGUGGAAGGAGUUAGUGGAUCAGUGGGUGAAUACCACAAAGGAAAUUACUGGUGCUGAAGGUACACCAGAGUCUGCAAACCCAUCUGUUGUUGAUGAAGAAGAGGAGUUCCCAUCGCUUCCAUAUGAUGUUGAUAUCUUUACACCGGAACCAAAUGGAUUUGAAAUCUCACACUUCUUUGAUUCCUUGGACUUUGAUGGAAAUCCUCGUAACUCUGGGGAAUACAACACUAGCCGAGAACACGAAAGAAGGCCACAAAAUAUCGCCAAGAGAAGACCGGAGGGAACACAAAUGAGGAUACAAGAUGCUCCUUUUAGAUCUGUUAAGCCAUCAUCAGCUACUGGUUCUGAUGGGACUAGGAGACCUCUAAAGCAAAGUACAGAGCAAAGGGUGAAGAACGAAACGGUAUCUGUUCACAAGUCUGAAAGACCCAUGAUCCAAAGGAAACCGCUUGUUACAGAACAGAAGCGGAAAGCUCCCGGACCUCAACAAGAAAAACUUAAAGGUCUUGACGCAGAUGCAAGGUUUGAGUUUGCAAAGAGGAAACUUCAAGAGAGCUACCAGCACCACGAGAAUGCCAAGAAGCAGCGGACAAUACAAGUACUUGAAAUGAUCCCGAAGCAAGGUGUUCAGAAACCUCAAGUCAAGAGACCUGGAAUGAGCAACAGGAACUGGACAAACGGGCGAAAAUAGCUUCUUCUUCUUCUUGUCUUGUCAAAAUGGUGAAUAAGUCUCAGAGAAAGAUCCACCACGACUACAUAUACGUACCACACAAUACCCGCAAUCACUGGUGCAAGGAAGGUAAAACAGAAUCUAGCUCAACAAAGCUGGAGACAGAAACAAGCAGAGGAGAAGGAACAGAUUCCAACAUAACAUUACUUAGAAGAAACUGUUUAUCUCCUCUGUUGUGUACUGUCUUGGAUUCACCAACUGCAGCAGAUAGGAUCCCCCAAUUAUUGUUACUUACUGUGUUGUUGUUACUUCUUCUUACGACAUUCUUGAGACUUUCGGUACAGUCCUCGGUUUAGUUUCGGUUUUGGGACGCAGAGGGAGAAAGAGAGGUCCCUUUUACACAUAAGAAUAUAAAAACUGUAAAAGAAGGUAGAAAAGCUCAUUGGAAUUGGACCGGCUCUUCACCUAACUUUUUUUGUAUAGUACAAUGUGAAAUGGUUUGGGACACAAUCAAUCAAUAGAGAAGAUGAUGAUGAUGAUGACAUUUUUUGUAUUGCCUUACUAAUAAAAAUAAAAGUAUUUAAACGA